CUGAGAUUGAAUAUGCCUUCAAGAACGCUUCUGAACCUUUAAAUGAAAACUUUUGAAAAUGAUAUUAGACUAGAAGAUAAUUUUUUUAAUAUUUAAGUUUAUAUUAUUUUCAAUCAUGAAGAUACUUAAAGAAAUAGUCAUUUUUAAUUUUAGGCAUCGUACAGUUUUUAAGAAAUGUCCUUUUAAUUUAUAUUACCGGUCUAUGUCCUCUUUGAAAAAUGCUGAGGAAAUAUCCAGCUUGAGGUUUGCAGAAAUACCAGUCGAAAAUAUUCGUAACUUCAGUAUUAUUGCUCAUGUUGAUCAUGGAAAAAGUACUUUGGCAGACCGAAUUCUUGAAAUUACUGGGGCCAUUAAAAAAAAUGUUGAAAAUAAACAAGUUCUUGAUAGGUUACAGGUUGAACGAGAAAGAGGAAUCACCGUAAAAGCACAGUCUGCUUCUAUUAUUUAUAAUUACAAAGGAACUGACUAUCUCCUAAAUUUAAUUGACACUCCGGGCCAUGUAGAUUUCUCAAAUGAAGUUUCAAGAUCACUAGCAGCUUGUCAAGGUGUCGUACUUCUAGUGGAUGCAAACCAAGGAGUCCAGGCCCAGACAGUUGCUAACUUCUAUUUAGCCUUUACUCAAGAAUUGGCUGUCAUUCCAGUCCUCAAUAAGAUUGAUUUGAAAAAUGCAGACCCAGAUGGCGUGGCAAUUCAGUUACAAAAUCUAUUUGGCAUAGACAAGAAAGAUGUUCUUAAAGUAUCUGCUAAGGUUGGUACAGGAGUUGCAGAAGUUUUACAUGCAGUAAUAGAACGUGUACCUCAUCCUCCAGCAAAUCGUUUGCUGCCAUUACAAGCGAUACUGUUUGACAGUUGGCAUGAUCGUUUCCGCGGUGUUUUUGGAUUGUUUUAUAUUGCUAAUGGAAAAAUAUCUGUUGGAGAUAAUAUUAGAUGGGUAAAUGCCCAAAAAGAAUAUCAGGUAAAAUCUCUUGGUGUUCUCACACCUGAAGAACUCCCAGUAUCUGAGCUUGCUGCUGGGCAGGUUGGUUUUGUAACAUGUAAUAUGCGUGACCGUAAAGAUGCUAUUAUGGGUGAUACAGUAGUGUUGACAGAAAAUCCAGCAGAAGCUCUUCCAGGACUCAUGAAAUCAAAACCAAUGGUGUUUGCUGGAGUUUACCCGCUUGAUCAAUCACAGCAUCCCCUUCUCAGAUCAGCCAUUGAAAGGUUGACCCUUAAUGAUAGUGCUGUAUCAGUUAUUAUCGAUUCCAGCCCAGCCUUAGGACAAGGUUGGCGGCUGGGAUUUCUAGGCUUGCUCCAUUUAGAAGUAUUUUCACAAAGGCUUGAACAAGAGUACGGUGCACACGCUAUUCUUACUACACCUAAUGUCACUUAUAAAGUUGUGAUAAAGGGAUCUAAAAAUAUAUCAGCUCUUGGAGGAAGCGAGUUACAUAUAAGUAAUCCUGCUACUUUUCCUGAUCCUAACAUUAUUACUGAGAUGUAUGAACCAAUUGUCAAAGCUACCAUCAUUACUCCAGAUACAUAUCUUGGAAGUGUACUUUCAUUAUGCAUGGAAAGACGUGGGCAACAGGAGACAGCUGUAAAUAUUGAUAAUUCACGGGUUCUUUUGAAGUUUACAUUUCCUUUAAGUGAAAUUAUUGUGGAUUUUCAUGACAGACUGAAGUCAGUAAGUUCAGGAUUUGCCUCCUUUGAUUAUGAAGAUGCCGGAUAUAUACCUUCUAAUCUUGUCAAAAUUGCCAUUUUAUUAAAUGGAAUUGAAGUAGAAGAAUUGAGUAGUAUAGUUCACUCAUCUAGAGCUGUUGAUUUGGGGAAAAGAAUGUGUCAUAAGCUUGUUGAGAUAGUUCCGAGGCAACAGUUUCAGAUUGCAGUUCAAGCAAAAGUAGGUGGAAAGAUUAUCGCAAGAGAUAAUAUAAAACCUUAUAGAAAAGAUGUUACUGCAAAAUUGUAUGGUGGUGAUGUUACCAGAAGAAUGAAAUUGCUGAAACGACAAGCAGAAGGAAAGAAAAAGUUAAGAAUGAUUGGAAAUAUUGCUUUACCACGCGAAACAUUCAUCGAAAUCUUAAAACGAUAAAAAUUGUUGUAUUUGCUUAUGUUUAAGUUAUUAUGUAUAUAUUUUUUUAUUAACUAUAUUUAAUAAAAAUUAUUUAAAUUGAGUA